CGGCACUGCUCGUCACCGACUCCUUUCACUGCGGCUCCAUCGCCGAGCGGACUGGCCCGCUGCUCUCAUCCGAGACCUCAGUGCACACCGUCGGAUCUAUCAGACCACCAGCGCCGGCUCCUGAAAGCCUCCAGCUCGAGUCCAAAUGCAGGCGAUCAAAUGUGUGGUGGUGGGCGACGGGGCUGUGGGUAAGACCUGUCUGCUGAUCAGCUACACCACCAAUGCCUUCCCUGGUGAAUACAUCCCCACUGUCUUUGACAACUACUCUGCCAAUGUUAUGGUGGAUGGAAAACCAGUGAAUCUGGGCCUGUGGGACACAGCGGGACAGGAGGACUACGAUAGGCUCAGACCACUGUCUUACCCACAGACGGAUGUGUUCUUGAUAUGCUUCUCCCUGGUCAGUCCGGCCUCCUUUGAGAACGUCCGAGCUAAGUGGUACCCUGAGGUGAGACACCACUGCCCCAACACACCCAUCAUCCUGGUUGGCACCAAGCUGGAUCUGCGAGAUGACAAGGACACCAUUGAGAGACUGCGAGACAAGAAGCUGUCCCCCAUCACCUACCCACAGGGCCUGGCCAUGGCAAGAGAGAUCGGGGCUGUAAAGUACCUGGAGUGCUCUGCGCUGACCCAGCGAGGCUUGAAGACAGUAUUCGACGAGGCCAUCCGAGCCGUGCUCUGCCCUCCGCCUGUGAAGAAGAGGGGAAAGAGGUGCACCAUGUUCUGAGGAGGAAACCUUGCUAAAACACUACACUACAUCACCAUGAACAACAACCACUACUUCUCUGAGAGGAUGAGAGAGAAAACUAGCGAGAGUGAGUGUGCACUGCUGAGAUUGCUUUCUUUAUAUUGAUGUUUUUUCAAAGCGACAUUGGUAACAAGACCAAUACUUAAUCCAGUUUUUUUUACCAUUACUGAAUAGGCUCAUAGGUUCUCUGUGAAAGACAUUGACUGUCCACCUACUUUGUACUCAUAGAACCACAUCAAGUUGCCAUGAGGGCUGACAAAGGUUUCUAGAACUUGUCUUCAUACUGCGCCAUCUCUUCUGUUUCAGCCACGCUUGCUUGAAUUAAUGCAGUGCUGACUAGAUAGAAAGUGAACUAUGACAAAGCCUUCAGGUCUGAAGUUACCCUCAGCUCCUGAUCUAAGAUCAGCAUGUGCAGAUAAAAUACUGGCAUGCACACACAAAUAUGUUCCCACUGACACUACAAACAAAAUACUACUGCCUGCAUUCACUUCACCAAUACAGCAUGGUGUCUUUAAGAGGAAUCAUGUGCUUUUUCCACAAGAAAUGUGUUGAUAAGUUAAGGGAAAUCAUGUUGUUUUUUUGUUGUUGUACUUUUAGCCCUCAUCUAAAUCAGUGAUAAUGUUGUGCUCACCAACUUUAUUGCUGACAUUUAAGAACACAAAGUCUAUUGAGUCAAAAAACACAGAAAAUGUGCUUUGAAGAAAAACCCUGCAGUUGUGUCAUCAUACAAACCAAAACUCAUUAUUUCAGUUUUGUGCUAAUAUGUUGCAUAUUACCAACUUAGUCAAUUUAAUCCAAUCAUCACACAGAAAAUCUUAGGCCAGGUAGUAUUAAAGGAAAUUGUUAGAUGACCAUUUGUAUAUCACUGUUUUACCAUGAAUUGGUUAAGAGAACUUUGUUUUUACAGCAUGUCUCCACAGUGAACAGACAAUCCAAAAAAAAAAAACCAAGUGAACUUUCUUCAUGACUAGAAUUCAUUGGGGACCACGUUUAACAACAGCAAACAGCAACUAUUCAAAAUCUCUUUACAAUCUUUGAAAGUUGGAGUUGUCUAAGAGUUUGUAAACAGACAUUUUUAUUUAGUUUUGCUGUUGUUAAAUGU